AUGGGAGUUAUUGAUAUUCCAUCACCUUCUCCGCUUUUUAAAAACCUUGAUUGUCUGGUAAUUGAGAUUGUAUCAUCUAGUACAACAUUACAGGGAAGUGAAUUGGAUUUAGUUGAUAUACAUUGUGCUGAUGAUAUGUUUGAUCAAGAAGAACGUGCUAACAAAAUUAUACGUUUCAUUGAUUUGACUCGAAUAAAGAAAUUAGAAUUUCGACCAAUGAACGUUAUAUCUCAAUUACAUCUUAUUAAACAAAUCUUGUUGUAA